AGGUCCGGACUUUCCCCGCAGAUGUCGGCAGGCCGGCUCUGAAGACGAGACGUGCACAAAUGCGUCUGCCGAUCGUGGCCGUUGCGAUGUCUUUGCUUUGUGACGUGAUCGAGAGCCGCACCAAGACAGACGGUGCGCGAGAUUGGUCGGAAGGUUGUCAAAAUUGCGCCAUGUGCUCAGCAGCCAAUGGUUGCGUACGCUGCGUUGACCGCCUCUUCCUGUUGCUGCAGCGAGACGGCAUCUCUCAACACGGGACCUGUCUGCAGGCCUGUCCAAAAGGCUACUACGGAAUCAGGGGACGCGACAUGAAUCGCUGUAUCAGGUGUCGCUCGGGGAACUGCGAGCACUGCUUCAAUCGGGACUUUUGCACACAGUGCAAACCCGGCUUCCGGGUCUACAGCGGCCGGUGCGUAAGCAUCUGUCCCGCUGGAAGCGUCCCACACCACGACCAAUGUAUCGACGAGUGCGUCCUGGUCUCGCCUUCCCCCUGGAGCAAAUGGAGCAUCUGCUUACGAGACAGCGCCCCCUGCGGUUUCAGGUGGGGGCUACAGACCCGAACACGGUGGAGCACCGCGUCCAAUCAGACACACGGUCCCGACCGGACAACUUGCCCAGCACGCAGCGAGACCCGGAGGUGCCGGAUGAAGAGGAGGUGCCCCACAGACGGCCGAAUGCCCAGGAUGCGGGGCGGAGGCCGCAAGCGUCAGCGGAAACCCAUUUGGAUGUUGGCCAACAGCGGCAGCGCCAACACGCUGGACAUCUUCUGAGCAUUUCUGAACUUUGAAAGGUCUACCAUGGAUGGAUGCCUCCUCAGUUCUCACUUUUACUGGAUGGGGCAGGGCGGCAAUCUCUCAAACUCAAGUGCCAGGGGCCGGUUGAAUUAUUUAAGAUUAUUAGAAAAUGCCUUUUUUACCUAAUAAACAGCAUAUAGCCACUCUUAGAAAAAUGUUUGCCCAUUUCUACGUUUUUGUACGACCAAAUAUUAGGGCACACUAGAGAGACAGAAAAAUAAAACGUGUUAUUACAAGAGAAAUAUGAAGUUUGG